AUGCAGCAGUCAGGCGUGGUUCUGUUCUUUAUUGAGUUAACUAUGGUUCGAGUAUUAUCGAUUAAUGUAUAUAGUCAUGUAUGUCACACAUCGCACACAGAUGCUGAUUUUGAUGUGGUUCUGUUGGAAGGAAGUACCCGAGCUAACGACCCUCUUGCCACUGCUUCCAAGGGUAAUAGUGAUGAUUUAAUACAGAUUGAUGGUCAUUUAAGUUUCGGAAAAGGGGCGCAGAAUACAUACAAGAGAUGUAAAGAAUUACUAAAGAAUGAAGAUUGCGGCUAUCCAGGCUUCGCACAUGUAUCUGGAAUUGUUGAUUAUGAUUGCACGAAUCAAGAUGGAAAUAUAGAAGAUUGUAUUACUUGUUGGUUUACUCAAUGCUACCUUAGAAACAGCAGAAAUGAUCUCACUACAAGUGAACACGAUGUAAUUGCUAAAGCAUGUGAUUAUAUCAUAAAUUUACGUAAAAUACUUCACAUGAGCAAGAUUCUAUUGGCCAUUGGUAGUAAAUAUUUAUUAGAACAACAGGAAGUUGCCGGUAUGGAUGUAGCUUUACGAUAUAUUAGUAGUACAUUAGUCAAUCGUUCGGGUUUAAUAACAAAACAAGAUAUUUUAGAUAUACAUCGUCGAGUUCAAGGCUUUGUUGAUCCAGUGGAAGCCGGUCACCUACGCCGUGAUCAAGUGUAUGUAUGCUCAUUAAUCCCACCGUCGGUUCUUCAAAUUGAAGAAUAUUUAGAAGAAUUUUUAAUAUGGUUGAAUUCAGUUGAAGAAACACGUGAUCUACAUCCUAUUAUACUGGCUUCGUUAGUGCAUUAUAAACUUGUACUUAUUCAUCCAUUUUUGGAUGGUAAUGGGCGAACAGCACGUUUGUUGAUGAAUCUAGUUUUAAUGAGAUCCGGAUUUACACCAGUAACUAUAAAAGAUUCAGAGCGUUUAACCUAUUAUGACUCUUUAUAUACGGCUAAUAUGGGUAACAUUCGACCGUUUAUUCACUUUAUUGCAAAAUGUACAGAACAAACAUCAACAGAAUUUAUUCAUUAUUCAUCUCGCUCGUCGACAUCAGCGUCCGACCUAGAAUUAUUAUUGAGUGAUGAUAAAGAGGAGACUCUGGCGAAUCGAACCAUGUAA